CGAUUCUGAUAUUAAUGAAACAUCUACUUUGUAAAGAGCUGAAGUGUCUUCCUGAUUCACAUUUCAAGAGAGAGAAAGCCUUUCUUCACCAGAUUCUCAGUAGGCUGACACGAGAAAGACUGAGGGGAAAAAACCCACAACAUUAUAAAUGGAGAGCUAUGCUAAGAAUUGCCGAUAUAUUAAUGAAGCAUGCAGUCCUGCACUGAACAAGACAAGCUGGGACAAGCCUUUGAAGAUGCUUUUGAGGUACUGAGGCAGCAUUCAACGGGAGAUCUUCAAUACUCCCCAGAUUACAAAAAUUACCUGGCUUUCAUCAACCACUGCUCUCAAGUCAGAGGAAAUUCCACCUGCUAUGGUAUGCUGCCUACAGAGGAACCUGUCUAUAAUUGGAGAACAGUAAUAAACAGUGCUGCGGACCUCUAUUUUGAAGGAAAUACUCAUCCAUCUCUGCCAAACAUCCCUGAAAAUCAGAUGGUACAACCUGCUGUUCUCCAUCAAAAGGGAGGAAAAGGCAGGAAGAAGCUCCGACUGUUCGAAUACCUUCAUGAAUCCCUGUGUAAUCCUGAGAUGGCAUCUUGUAUUCAGUGGGUAGAUAAAACCAAAGGCAUCUUCCAGUUUGUGUCAAAAAACAAAGAAAAACUUGCCCAACUUUGGGGGAAAAGAAAAGGCAAUCGGAAGACCAUGACUUACCAGAAAAUGGCCAGAGCACUGAGGAAUUAUGGAAGAACUGGGGAAGUCACUAAAAUCCGGAGAAAGCUAACUUACCAGUUCAGUGAGGCCAUUCUCCAAAGACUCUCUCCAUCUUAUUUCUUAGAAAAAGAGUUCUUCUACUCGCCGUAUGUUCAACCUGAGCAAGGCUUUCUCAGCUUCAGUAACUGGAAUGCAAAUUAUAAUUGUCCAUACGCUGAUUACCAUGAGCUAAGUCACCCUGAUUGCUAAAUACGCUAUAUUUCAUGAUUUCCUGACAUCAGCAAUCUGUACCAGUUUCAGGAUUUUUCUCUUAAAUGCUGGAGAGGGAAAAACAAUGAACGUCAUUGUUUCUAAUCUUUUACUAAAUGGUUUAUAAUCUAUACAGACUUUGUGAAAAAAAUCUACCAGUGAACAACUUUUAAAUGUCCAGCCCCAUUUGAAAAUACAAACUAAAUGCCCUCACUCUUACUGUUUAUGCAGUACUUCUAGGUAAACAAUGCUAGUAGAGAUGAUUUGAUCUAUAUAGAUUUAAAUGUUUUCCUGUCAUAAACUCAGGCAAAAAAAAAAAAAAAAAGUCUAAUGUAUUAUCUGAUAGCUUUAGCGACAGCAAAAUAAUUGCACAUGAUAGUCUUCAUGCUAAAGUACAUUUAUGACUUUCAAAACUUUAUUUUCACUGCACUUCAGACUUCAUGGUCUGCAACUCUGUGGCGCUAAAAAAAUGAUCUAAGGAAAAUGCCACCUACCUUAAUGAUAGAACUCCAAAGUUUAUACUUCCCACACAUCAUUUCCUGGCAUCUCUGUGGUGGGGUAGAUCCAGAAGCCAAGAUUUCUUGCUAUCCUGCCACUCAGCCACAAGAAGGUGCUCUUGCCUUGUUAUCUCUGGUCUAACUUUGGAAAACUGGACUUCCUCCUCCCUUAAACUAGCCCAGCUAAGAUCAGGCUGGGAAAAUUGGAGAAAAAGAUAAAAGGAUAGAGGCUAGCAGAUAAAUCCAGGGAGGAAACGGGACUUGAAAGCUAUGGUUUAUUCUGAGCAUUCCAUUAGGAAUGAAAAAAGAAACCCUGUUUCUUAACUUCCUGCUUGGCAGAUUGAUUUGUAUCCCAUCUGUAUUGCCAUGAUGGAGGAGAGCUUCCUAGACUGUAUGGGCCAUCUUCAGUCCAGGCCAAGAGCUUCCUGGAGCCCACCCAGUUUAUAAUUUGUUACCAUUGCCCUUUUUCUUUGUGUCUUUCAGGGAUUCUUUAAAAAUGGCAGACUAAAUGAAGGUAAUGAUAUUGGCUAUCUGCACAUGUAGUCUGGCCUUCUGGAAUAAACUGAAUGUUUGCAUCUUU